AUGGGAAUGAUUAGGAGUUGGCGGAAAGUAUUAAUAUUUAUCUUAUUGAAACUUUUCAUGAAUGAUGUGAAUUUUGUGAAAGGGCAUGGCCGUUUAAUGGAUCCUCCAUCUAGAAAUGCAAUGUGGCGGUUUGGUUAUCCUAAUGCAGUUAAUUAUAAUGAUAAUGAAUUAUUCUGUGGUGGUUAUGCAGUACAAUGGGAGCAAAAUGAAGGAAAAUGUGGGAUAUGUGGUGAUGCAUAUCAUUUGAAUUCUCCACGACCGCAUGAAGCUGGAGGUGAAUAUGCGAAAGGAAUUAUAUCACGAUAUUACACUUCAGGACAGACUAUUGAAGUAGAAGUAGAAUUAACAGCGAAUCAUCAAGGGCGUUUUGAAAUGUAUUUAUGUCCAAACAAUAAUCCUGCUUACGAAGCAACUCAAGAUUGUUUCGAUAAAUAUCCUUUAUAUAUAUCAGGGACACGUGAACAUAGAUUUUUAAUUCCAAAUGAUGCCAAAAAGAAAGACAUUUUUAGAUAUCGUGUUAGAUUACCACCAUAUGUGACAUGUACACAAUGUGUAUUGCAAUGGACAUAUUAUACAGCUAAUAUGUGGGGUACCUGUCCAAACGGUACAGAAGCUGUUGGCUGUGGAAAAGCAGAAACAUUUAGAAAUUGUGCAGACGUUGCAAUUGUCUCAAAUACUGGGGGUGGCGUACCACCAGCUUUUGUUGAUUCGCACUCUCCAUCACCUUUCUUGCUGUACUAUAGAGAUUUUAGAGCACCAGGUCCAAAUAACGUUUUUCCACUAGUUGUUCGAGAUCAAGUUUGUGUGCCAAGCCCGUUGUUCCGAACUAUACCUGGUAUGGAUGAUUGGUGUCAAGUAAAUUGCUUGCGAUAUCCACCAAAUUGUCCAGAAACUGUCUGCUAUUGUCCUCAAACUUGUGAUGCAAUUGGUGAAUUAGAAGGAAGAGAAGGUGCCGACGUUUAUUGCCUUGACAAAUGUCUUAAUUACCCAUCAGAUUGCCCAUCAGAGCGUUGCCGAUGUUAUUAA